AUGUCUUUAAUGCCGGUUGCUAAUUUUCAUGCAAUCAGAUGCUUCAAGGUUAUUAGAACAAGCCCAUUGAACUAUGCAACGCGCUUGAAAACCGUGAAUACCGGUCGAAUAUCCUCACUACGAGGUUUCAAGACUUGCAGAAGCAUAUUAAACCAACACCUGAAUACUGCUCCGAUAGAAUUUACACCAAAUAUUCCUCGAAAGAGAUGUGCUGGAGAUCUAACCGAGACGGCUGCUAAGGCAUUGAGAUGCACUACCGAUGUCAGCAGUUUAGUAGAGGAAACUGAUCCUAAGCUACCGUUUUCAGUGAAAGUGGUAGAUCGUAAAGUCAGAAAGGCCGAACGGGAGGCCUUGGCAAGCAAGAAAGAAGUGAAUUUUAAGAAGCAGGUCAUCGAUCCAUACGUACAGCUGACUAAGCCGAGAUUGACUAUGCUGGUGAUGUUGAGUGCGAUAUGCUCAUAUGCUAUUUCUCCUUACGCGGCAUCGAUAAGUGAGCUGUUGUGUCUGACGGUAGGUACGACGUUAUGUUCAGCCUCAGCUAACGCUAUCAACAUGGGCAGAGAGCCGGAGUUUGAUAGACAGAUGAUCAGAACUCAGGCUAGGCCUGUAGUGAGGGGACUUGUGACACCGCCUCAGGCAUAUAAGUUUGCAGCUAUCGCAGGUACAGUAGGUACAUCGGUUCUGUAUGCUGGGGUUAAUCCGACUGUGGCCUUUCUCGGUGCUGCCAACAUAGUAUUAUAUGCCUGGAUUUACACGUCUUUGAAGAGGAAGCAUAUUAUUAACACAUGGGUCGGCGCGGUAGUCGGGGCACUUCCACCAUUGAUGGGCUGGGCUGCUGCGAGUCCCUUGUCACAUCCAGGUGCCUGGUGUGUAGCAGGUUUGUUGUAUGCUUGGCAAUUCCCGCAUUUCAACACUCUUAGCCACAACAUCAAGAAUGAGUACAAGAACGCAGGCUAUGUGAUGACAGCCUGGAAAAAUCCUCUAUUGAAUGCCCGCGUGGCUCUGCGAUACUCUUUACUCAUGUUCCCCAUUUGUUUUGGCUUUUCAUACUACGGCAUAACGGAUUGGUAUUAUCAAAUUGACUCUGGGUUAAUCAAUGCAUGGAUGUCUUUUUGGGCAUUCAAAUUCUACUGGCAGCAAAGGCGAAACUACUCGAAGUCUUUCAAGAACAGCAUAAGGCCGGAAAAAGGCUUGAUGUUGGCUAACUCCUAUGCCAGGAAGACUUUUUUUGUAAGCGUUCUGCAUUUGCCAGCUGUUUUGAUCUUGGCAAUUUUGCAUAAGAAAGGACGUUGGGACUGGCUAACGCAGGACAAAGAAGAUUCGUAG